AUGGACGAUACAGAGCAAGCUGACGGAACCGGAAAUCCUUCUCAUAGCCGGCAGAAGCGGUCAAGAGCCGGAUGUUUGACGUGCCGAACAAGACGCCGAAAAUGCGAUGAAGGUAAACCAAAGUGCAGCAAUUGUAUUUCGAAAGGCUUUGAGUGUCGAUAUGCGGCUGCUUUUCAGAUUUUGGGCAAGAAUAACUUCACGCCUGAUGUCUCCACUAGUUCGAAAUAUACAAAGGUCCAGUUCGUUUCGAAAGCCAGCGAAAAGCAACAUAAUAGUAGUGAGGAGUAUGGGGGAAUUCAUACCAAUAAUGCCUCGAAAGAUUCCACAACAUCGCCAAUUCAACAACCGGAAAGUGCAGACGCAGAAGAAAUAACCGGAAAUGAUGAGCUAGCCACAACCAGAAGCUCUUCGGCAGAAAAUUACGAGUUUGCCUUGCAUGGGUUGCUCGCUCUCGGGGCUGGAAACGCAGGUAUCAUCAAUGCCGAUCACAGCGUCUCUCCUCGGACCGUACUAGCAGACAGUAUUUCUUCCUCCCAUCUCCAAGACAAGAUCAACGUAGCGCAAGCCCAAUUCGCAUUGGAUGGAUUCAGUAGUGACCAAGGUGGAGUUGAGAAUCAGCCUGAGCAGUCCUGGGAAGUGAUAGGGACCCAAGAUGAUGUUAUCAUCGAAGAUCUUUCUCAUGAGCGGGCUCUCGAAUUGCUCAAACAUUACCGAUAUCAAAUAGCUCCGUGGCUCGACAUCUGUGACCGGAAGCAUUCCUUUGGUUGCGAAGUUCUGGGGCAAUCGACGGCUUCAAAGUCACUUCGCUGUGCAUUGUUGUCGCUUGCUGAAGCAGCACUGGGAAGGGAGAAGGAUGGCCGUCAACCACCUAAUCCAAUACUGAUAGCAAAUGAUAUGGAACGCGGCGAUCAAAUAGAUAAUACUCAGAACGGUUUGCUGGAAGUCCUACCUAAAGUAGGGCAUGCAAUUGCAGACCUGUCUGGUUUUUGGGAGCAGGACGUUAUUGUUUCCCUGCCGAGUAACUUACAAGAUCUGACGUUACCUAAAAACUCGGUGUUGCACUUGUGA